AUGUAUAUGAAUUAUGGGCCAGCUUCUGUUGGAGUGUCUGUAUCAAGAAAUCAGAAAGCAAAGCUCAUUUCCGAUUAUGGAGAUUUACUUAAAGAACUUUCGACACCUGAAAUAAAGUCAAUUGGUAAUUAUAUUUUAGGGGAGGAUCUUGGUCAAGGAGCAUUUGGAAAAGUUAAGCUUGCGACACAUAUAUUAACCGGUCAAAAUGUUGCCAUAAAAAUAAUACCAAAGAUUCAUGCCGAGCAACUUACUGGCGAAAUACAUCAUCAUCGAUAUCUACAUCAUCCAAAUAUCAUAUCACUGCUUGAAGUUAUACCUACUGAAACACAAAUUUAUAUGGUAUUAGAAUAUUGCAAGGGUGGUGAAUUAUUUGACCUUCUUAAUGACAAUAAAGGAGGCUUUAAUGAGAAAUUAGUGCGAAAAAUGUUUAGUCAGCUUUGUAAAGCUGUUAAAUAUUGUCAUGAUAGAAGAAUUGUUCACAGAGACCUUAAACUUGAGAAUGUUCUACUAGAUUCCAAUAAUAAUGUUAAAUUAGGUGAUUUCGGCUUUGCUCGUGAUUGUGAAAUAAAUCAGCUUUUGGAGAGUGGGUGUGGGUCACCGGGUUAUACAGCACCAGAGGCUGAUAUAUGGUCCUUAGGCGUUAUUUUAUAUACUUUACUUUGUGGCGAACUUCCAUUUGAUUAUGAUGAUGAAGAAGAAGAGCAAGUUAUGAUAAACAAAAUAUUAAGUGGGACAUAUGAAGUGCCAGAAUCAUUAUCAGAUGAUGAUGACAAAAAAGAUGAUGAUGAGGACCAGUGGAUUACUACUAAUGAAGAUGCUGAAGGUGAAGAUUCAAUAUCUUAUGACGAAAACAGCGGAAGGAAUACAAAGAAAAAUAGUCAAAAAGCUGAAAAAGACAAUUCAGAUCAUUUAAAUGCUGUAAGCUAUCUUGAAAAACAACGUCAAGAAUUAUUUGCCAUAAAAUCAUCAAUAGGUAAUAAUCAUGAACAAAAGACGUUUAGCCCUCGUGAUAAUCAUUAUAAUAAUAACUUUGGAAAAAAAACCGUACCUUCCGCGUAUCGACGAUAUGGUGCUAUACAACAGCAGUCUACUGUAAGUUCAUCUCCCCCUAAAUCAUGGGGACCAUCAAAGUCUACCAAGACUUCAAGAAGACAUUCAAUUGAUAGUAAAGCUUUCAAUGAGAAAGUAUUCUUUACUUCUGUUGAAGAAAAAGAAUUGUUAGAGAAAAUGGAAGAUUUAGGACUUGACGUGGCAGAAAUUAAAAAAAGUGUGUUAGAAGACACUACAAGAAUUAUGGUUGAUGUUGCUAUUGGCACUAGUGAUUUUGAGGUUAAAAUAACGAAAAAAAAUGAUAGUGAAAAAGAAAAUAUUGUCAUCGAAAUUCCUGAUGAUAAUAUUACCAAUUCUCGAUCUUCAAAUGAUUCUGCAGAUUUGGAGGUAGCUAAAACGUUAAAACUGAUGGAGGAUGACAGUUUUCUGCUUACUCCGCCACCUAAAACUUAUCAUGCAGUACCCGCCACAAGAGAACGUCGAAAAUCAUUAGUAUUGGCACAUCCCGAAGCUGUAGAACCUGUUUUAACAACAAUAACGGCAACUGCGUCUCCUCCUUUAUCACCCAAAAAAUAUUCUUCUUUUACAAGUCCUUUAAGUUCAAGAUCCGUAAGUUGGUGGGGAGGAACUUCACAUCAUCCUAAAGAUGGCGGUGCCGGCAUUGGAAGUGGCGGAUAUAAAAAAACUGGGUUGAAUUGGCCUGAUAAUGGUGCGGUUGUCCCUUCCGAAUAUGUACGAUCAAGGACAAGAGCCAAUCGAAGGAGUGGUAGUAAAACACCACCAAACUAUGAAGCCAAUAAUGAUCGAAGGUCAUUGCCUCUCUCAAAUAAUUCACUUCGGGAUAAAAAAAAGAAAAGAGGCUCAUUACAAGGUAGUAAAGGCCGACGUCCAAAUCCUUUAAUGAUACCUCCAGUAACUCCUUCUGUUGUGCUCUCGCAAAAUUCACCUGCAUUGACGGCACCCAUUCUUGGUACUCCUCCUGCUCGCACGAAAGCUACUUUCACGAUCAAUCGACGCAAACCUUUCGCAUAUCCUGGAUCAUCGUCUUGGGGACGAAAGACGGUUAAAAGGCAAAGUAAUGGCUCAAUUAAUAUUCUGUUGGACAAUCUUAAUAAUGCUGGAUUUGUCACAUCUGAAAAUAUGAACGAUAAAAGUGAUGAAAUCGAAGAUGAAAACUCCACUCAUCAUAAGAAAAGUGCAAUAGAAAUAUCUGAUGACGAUGUUCAUUGUCAAUCUGCUAUAGAUAAAUUGACAUUAAAUGAACAGUCAAAAAUAAUAGAAUCAUCUAAAUCAAAAACAAUUAUAUUAGCUUCUCCUCCACCUACGCCACCGCCGCCAUCACCAUCCUCCUCUUCUACAUCUCUAAAUAGAGAAACAGAACAAACACCAAUAUCGAUGCAACAGUCUUCAACGCUAUCUCAACCUUCAAAAAUCAAUCAUAAUUUAGAAUCACCCUCAGAUAAAAACAACCAAUUUUCACGGCAAGUUAUAAAUGAACUAUCAAGUGAUGAUGAAGAUUCAGAUGUUUUUGUUGACGCGUGUGAUUUCCUUUCUAUUAAAGCGACAUCACCUUCACCUUUAACUUUACCUUCUAAUAGUUCUUCGCCCAUUUUUAAACCUGACGGGACAAUUAUGAAUCCACCUUCCUUCCCUGUACCUCCCCCUCGAUCAUCUAAUUCUUCACAUCCCAAAUCAGAUUCUAUUUCUUCGCCUGUUUUGUCUCCCAUCAGAGAUAUCGAUGAAAAUAAUGUAAAGCCGGCAGAAAUUUCCGUAUAUCGAGGUCAUGUUCCUGCGAUAACAACAAAUGUCUCUAUCGAUUUAAAAGAUAGUGUUCAAAUAAAUUCCUCGACAGAUUUACUUUCGACACCUCCAGAAUCACCUAUACUUCCUACAACACAACUAUCAUCUUCCUUUUUAAAACAAUCUCAAGUUCUUCAUCAUAAAAAUAGUAUUCAAAUAAAUUCCUCGAUAGAUUUACUUUCGACACCUCCAGAAUCACCUAUACUUCCUACAACACCAUUAUCAUCAUCUUCCUUUUUAAAACCACCUCAAAUUCGUCAUCAUCAUAAACCUCGUGCUCGUUCUUCUCCAUUACCCCUGGAUACUACUAAAAUAUUAGAGUCCGAAAAAAAGCUCAUUAUUGGCAGUGCCGAUAAUGGAAAAGCCCAAAAUGGAAUAAUAUCUGAAAGCCACUCGAAAAAAGACUCUAUAUUGUUAUCGUCAUCACCAACAAAAGGAAUUCCCCCUCUUAACGCAUCGCAUCGAAUAUUUCAAAUGAAUAAUCAUGUUGAUCGUGUUAUCAGACGUGGUAAUCCUCAAGGUUCUCGGUUUUCCUUAACAAGUCGAGAUAACCCGGGUAACAACAAUAGCUCUGGGCUGAAUGCUGGUCGUCGACCAAUGUAA